CUUGCAAACGCACCUGCCCAGCCCAGCCCCGUUGCUUGUGGGCAUCGGGGCUUCUGCAGGGUCCAGGCAGCCUCUCCGGGGUUUCUUUUGGAGCCCGGCCCUCGGACAGGCGAGCCGGAGCGGCGGCGGGGGCGGGGCCCAGAGAGAUAUAAGCGCGGCGCGGGCCGAGGCAGUCAGUCUCCCGCCGCCCGCCCGCCCGCCAUGGAGCUGAGCGGAGCCCCCUCCGCGUUGGGCCUGGCCCUGCUGCUGGCCGGCUGCUGCCUCUCGGGCGUGCUGUGGCUGCUGGCCGGGGCCAGGCACGGGAGGGGGCGGCUGCCGCCUGGCCCGCCUCCCCUGCCGCUCCUGGGCAACCUCCUGCAGCUGGACCCCCGCGCCAUGCACCGCUCGCUGGAGAAGCUCAGCCAGAGAUACGGCCCCGUCUACACCAUCCACCUCAGCUCUCUGCCCUGCGUGGUCCUUUGCGGCUACCAAGCAGUGAAGGAGGCCUUGGUGGACCAAGCAGAUGAUUUCAGUGACCGGGGAGACUUCCCUGUCUUCUAUCGCUUCACUCAGGGCAAUGGCAUUGCCUUCUCCAAUGGGGAAAAGUGGAAGGUCCUGCGCCGCUUUGCCCUGCAAACUCUGAAGAAUUUUGGGAUGGGAAAAAGCAGCAUCGAGGAACGGAUCCAAAAAGAGGCCCAGUGCCUGGUGCAAGAGUUCCGGAAAACCGGUGGGGCUCCUUUUAACCCCAUCAACCUGGUUUGCCGUGCCGUCUCCAACGUCAUUUGCGCUGUGGUUUUUGGCAAUCGCUUUGACUACCAAGACUCUGCCUUCUUGACCCUGCUGGAUCACUUCAACGAGAACUUCAAGAUCAUGAGCUCCUUUUGGGGGGAGCUCUACAACAUUUUCCCCCGACUCAUGGACCUCCUGCCGGGGCCCCAUCAGCAGAUUUUCCGCAACUUUGAGAAACUGAAGCAGUUCAUUGCUGAGCGCAUUCACAGACACCAAGAAACCCUGGAUCCGACUGCCCCACGAGACUUCAUCGACUGCUUCCUGAUCCGCAUGGAGCAGCCAGAUUGGAAGAAAGACAAAAGGGGACAGAGGUUCAGCUUCAGCCGCCCCCGCCCAGCUGGUGGGAAAAGCAGGGAGGAGAAACAAGACCCGUUGAGCUAUUUCCACAUGGAAACCCUGGUGAUGACCACCCACAACCUGUUCUUUGGGGGUACAGAGACCACCAGCACGACCCUGCGUUACAGCUUUCUGAUUCUGAUGAAGUACCCUGAAGUGGCAGCUCAAGUUUACCAGGAGAUGGACCAAGUAAUUGGGUCCGAGCGGCCCCCCUGCCUGGCUGACCGCAAGCUCAUGCCAUACACAGAUGCAGUCAUCUACGAAAUCCAGCGCUUCAUCUCCAUCUUGCCCAUGGGGCUGCCUCGUGCCGUCACUCGGGACACACCCUUCAGGGAUUUCCUGCUUCCCAAGGGCACCAAUGUGAUCCCACUGCUGAGUUCGGUGCACUAUGACCCAUCCCAGUUCAAGGAUCCGAAUUCCUUCAACCCAGCCAAUUUCCUGGAUGAAAGGAAGGCCUUCAGAAGCAAAGAGGCCUUCAUGCCCUUUGCCCCAGGGAAGCGCAUCUGCUUGGGAGCCGGCUUGGCCCGCAUGGAGAUCUUCCUCUUCCUCACUACUCUCCUCCAACACUUCACAUUACAGCCACUGGUCCCCCCUGCCGAGAUCGACCUGGCCCCCCAGUGCACUGGCCUGGGCAACAUCCCACCCGCUUUCCAGUUCCAGGUCCUCCCUCGCUAGCCCCGCCCACCUGCUUGUCACCAGACCCAUCCCAAGUUGGACAGUGGGCAGAAGGGACUAUUUUGGCCACCUCCAAUGACAACCAGGGCUGUGAACAAUCCACACUUUGGAAAAGGUCCCAUUUCCACUGCAGGGAGAUGGCCAGUUCCUCUCCCGCUGCAUAAUACACUCUGCAUUUCCUA